CCGGUGCUGACCCCCGGGACCAUGAACCCCGCGGUGCGGCGGGUGGAAUACGCCGUGCGGGGACCCAUCGUCACCCGCGCACUGCAGCUGGAGCGGGACCUGCGGCAGGGUGUCCCCAAGCCCUUCACCGAGGUGAUCAAGGCCAACAUCGGCGAUGCCCACACCAUGGGGCAGAAACCCAUCACCUUCCUCCGCCAGGUGACCGCCCUGUGCCUGUACCCGGAGCUGCUGACCGAACCCUCCAUCCCGGAGGACGCCAAGGAUCGGGCCCGCCGGUUGCUGGCCGCCUGCGGUGGGCAAAGCGCCGGCGCCUACAGCGCCAGUCCCGGCAUCGAGCUGGUGCGGCGGGACGUGGCACGCUUCAUCCAGCGCCGCGACGGCGUCCCCGCCGAACCCCAGGACAUCUUCCUCUCCACCGGGGCCAGCGAUGCCAUCGUGAGCAUCCUGAAGCUGCUGGUGUCCGGUUCGGGGGCGUCGCGCACGGGGGUGCUGAUCCCCAUCCCGCAGUACCCCCUCUACUCGGCGGCCAUCGCCGAGCUCAGCGCCGUCCAACUCAACUACUACCUGGACGAGGAGCACUGCUGGGCGCUGGACGUGGCCGAGCUGCGGCGGGCGCUGGUUGAGGGGCGCCGGCACUGCUGUCCCCGCGUCCUCUGCAUCAUCAACCCCGGCAACCCCACCGGCCAGGUCCAGAGCCGGCAGUGCAUCGAGGACGUCAUCAAGUUCGCCUUUGAGGAGAAACUCUUCCUCAUGGCCGAUGAGGUGUACCAGGACAACGUCUACGCCGAGGGCUCGGCUUUCCACUCCUUCAAGAAGGUGCUGUUCGAGAUGGGGCCGCCCUACUCGGAGGUGGUGGAGCUGGCCUCCUUCCACUCCAUCUCCAAGGGCUUCAUGGGCGAGUGCGGGUUCCGUGGUGGGUACGUGGAGGUGGUGAACAUGGAGCCGGAGGUGCAGCAGCAGUUGGCCAAGUUGGUGUCGGUGCGGCUGUGCCCACCGGUGCCCGGGCAGAUCCUCCUGGACGCCGUCGUUGACCCACCGCGGCCCGGGGAGCCGUCCUACGAGCGCUUCACCGCUGAGAAGCAGGCGGUGCUCAGCGCCCUGGCGCACAAGGCCCGGCUCACUCAGGAGAUCUUCAACCGGACGCCCGGCAUCCGCUGCAACCCCGUGCAGGGCGCCAUGUACUCCUUCCCCCGCAUUGAGCUGCCGCCCCGCGCCUUGGCCGCCGCUGAGGCGCAGGGUCAGGCCCCCGACAUGUUCUUCUGUAUGAAGCUGCUGGAGGAGACGGGCAUCUGCGUGGUGCCGGGCAGCGGGUUCGGGCAGCGGGAAGGCACCUUCCACUUCCGGAUGACCAUCCUGCCGCCCACCGAGAAGCUGCAGGUCCUGCUGGAGAAGCUCAGCGGCUUCUACACCAAGUUCGUCAAGGAGUACUCCUAA